AUUUGCUAGGUCGGCCUGUGCUCUAAGAAAGUUUGGUGUCUCAUGAUUUUCCUUCUUCCCCAAUCCUGCCGUUCGUCAAAAGAAAGAUCCUGAGGAAGAGGGAAAAAAUGUUGUAGCACGUCUAAAAGUCCAGUACCAGGCCCCACGCCUUGGCGGCACCUACUGAAUGAACGUGGGCAGGGAGAUCAGUUUCUCAGCCCUGGCUUCCCUGGAUUCUUUGCUUCUCUGGUGGAGGAAGCUCAAGAAGAACUGACAAGUUCUUGCAGUUCUAAAACCAUGGCCCAUGUGUCCUUGGCAUUCAGGGAUGUGGCCAUAGACCUCUCCCAAGAGGAGUGGGAGUGCCUGGACCCUGCUCAGAGGGACUUGUACAGGGAUGUAAUGUUGGAGAACUACAGCAACCUGAUCUCACUGGGAUAUACCAUUCCUAAGCCAGAUGUGAUUACUUUAUUGGAGCAAGAGAAAGAGCCCUGGAUGGUAAUGAAGGAAGGGACAAGGAGUUGGCACACAGAUUUGGAGUGCAAAAAUGUCACCGAGAAGUUAUUUCCAGAAAAGGAUGUUUGUGAAAUAUAUUUAUCUCAAUUGCAGACAAUGGAAAAAAGUAAAACCUACAUCUCUGAGGACACCAUUUUCAGAAAUGGUUUGCAGUGCAAACAUGAAUUUGAGAGACAAGAGAGACAUCAGAUGGACUGUGUUAGUCAAAUAAUAAUCCAAAAACAAAUAUCUUAUCCUCUACAUCAGAAAGUUCAUGCUAGAGAGAAAUCAUAUGAAUGUAGGGAAUGCAGGAAGUCCUUUAGACAACAGUCAUACCUUAUUCAGCAUCUGAGAAUUCAUACUGGUGAGAGACCUUAUAAAUGUGCAGAAUGUGGAAAGGCCUUUUGUCGAGUGGGAGACCUUAGAGUACAUCAAACAAUCCAUGCUGGGGAGAGACCUUAUGAAUGUAAAGAAUGUGGGAAGGCCUUUAGACUUCAUUAUCACCUUACUGAACAUCAGAGAACACAUUCUGGUGUGAAACCCUAUGAGUGUAAAGACUGUGGGAAGGCCUUUAGUCGUGUUAGAGACCUUAGAGUACAUCAGACAAUUCAUGCUGGGGAGAGACCUUAUGAAUGUAAAGAAUGUAGGAAGACCUUUAGACUUCAUUAUCAACUUACUGAACAUCAAAGAAUUCAUACUGGUGAAAGGCCUUAUGAAUGUAAGGUUUGUGGAAAGACUUUUAGGGUGCAACGACAUAUUAGCCAACACAAGAAAAUUCACACUGGUGUAAAACCCUAUAAAUGUAAUGAAUGUGGGAAGGCCUUUAGUCAUGGCUCAUACCUUGUUCAACAUCAGAAAAUUCAUACUGGUGAGAAGCCCUAUGAAUGUAAUGAAUGUGGUAAGUCCUUUAGUUUUCAUGCAGAACUUACUCGACAUCACAGAAUUCAUACUGGUGAGAAACCCUAUGAAUGUAAAGAAUGUGGAAAAGCCUUCCGUCUUCAAACAGAACUUACUCGGCAUCACAGAACUCAUACUGGUGAGAAACCCUAUGCAUGUAAGGAAUGUGGGAAGGCCUUUAUCUGUGGCUAUCAACUUACUUUACACCUGAGAACUCAUACUGGUGAGAUUCCCUAUGAAUGUAAGGAAUGUGGGAAGACCUUCAGUAGUCGUUAUCAUCUUACUCAACACUACAGAAUUCAUACUGGUGAGAAACCCUACAUAUGUAAUGAGUGUGGGAAAGCCUUUCGUCUUCAGGCAGAACUUACCCGACAUCACAGAAUUCAUACUUGUGAGAAACCCUAUGAAUGUAAGGAAUGUGGGAAGGCUUUUAUUCGUAGCAAUCAACUUACUUCACACCAGCGAAUUCACACCAAUGAGAAUACCUAUGGAUGUGAAGAAUGUGGGAAGACUUUUAGUCGUCGCUAUAAUCUUACUCAACAUUAUAAAAUCCAUACCGGUGAAAAACCCUAUCAAUGUAAAGAAUGUGGAAAGGCCUUUCGCUUUCAAACAGAACUCACUCAGCAUCACAGAAUUCAUACUGGUGAAAAACCCUAUAAAUGUAAGGAAUGUGGGAAAGCCUUUAUUCGUAGCAAUCAUCUUACUCAACAUCACAGAAUUCACACCGGUGAGAAACCCUAUGAAUGUAAGGACUGUGGGAAGACCUUUAGUCGUCACUAUCAUCUUACUCAACAUCACAGAAUUCAUACUGGUGAGAAACCCUACACAUGUAAUGAGUGUGGGGAUGCUUUUAUUUGCAGUUAUCAACUUACCUUACAUCAAAGAAUUCACACUGGUGAGAUUCCAUAUGAAUGUAAGGAAUGUGGAAAGACCUUUAGUCGUCGGUAUCAUCUUACUCAACAUUUUAGACUUCACACUGGUGAGAAACCUUAUGGCUGUAAAGAAUGUGGAAAAACCUUUCGCCUUCAAGCAGAACUUACUCGACAUCACACAAUUCAUACGGGUGAGAAACCCUAUAAAUGUAAAGAAUGUGGGAAGGCCUUCAGUGUUAAUUCAGAACUUACUCGACAUCACAGAAUUCAUACUGGUGAAAAACCCUAUAAAUGUAAAGAAUGUGGGAAAGCCUUUAUUCGUAGUGAUCAACUUACUUUACAUCAGAGAAAUCACAUUAGUGAGGAAACUCUAUGCGUGAUAUAAAGAGGAUAUGAUGGCCUUUAGCAAAUGCCUUUCACAGCAGCAGAGAAUUUGUAAUUUAAGAAAUUUCUUACCUGUUAGAAACAUGUAGGAAUCCCUUUUGCUUCAUGCUCAGAACUUAACAGGAGUGGUGUUAGAUGUUCGUUUAAAGAGUUAAAAAACUAGCAUUUCUUAGUCCUGGUUAAACUUUAACAGCUUGAUACUGGUACAGUGUAUCUCAAACCAUUAAGCACUUUCUCCCCUGCAAACUGUGGUUGAACAAUACUUCUAUAAAAUGCAAUAAUAUUGGAUUCCCAAAAAAAUGGAAUGGGAAGAAAACAGACAUACAAAAUAAAAGCCCAAUUUGUUAUUAUUGAAUUUAAUGGACAUAAAUUAGCUCUGCCAAAUUGCUAAAGUUUCUAAAUACUUGCUCUCGCUUACUUCAACUCAUUGUAGACCAGAAGCAAACAAUUUGUGGACCAGUGUCAGCACAUUGACCACACUUUAUAUAGCACUGUAACAGAACAUGAUUCCGUUAAUAUAAAAAACGUGGGAAAGACUUUAGCAAUGGUAUGUCUUUGCUAUAAUUUUCAUAAUUCCACCUUGGCCUGUGUGUGGUAUUUGGCAAAACACUUCUCCCCUCUGUACUUCACUUUUAAAAUGGUAAUAAUAGUACCUACCUAAUAGUAUUUUUGCGAGGAUGAAAUAUUAAUAGAAAAUAAAGCCUUUAGAAGAGUGUUUGACAUGUGCUCAAUAAAUAUUAUUGUUCUUAAUUUUAUCAUUAGUGGUACUAUUAGUAAAUUCAUGUAAGAGGAAGACCCUGUGGGUGUAAGGAAUUUGUAAAACCUGUCCAUUAUCUUUUACUCCUUACUUAAAUUUGGAUAAUUGUGAAUAAAAUCCAGUAAAAUAGAGUAAACUUUCUAAAAUCAAAACACAUCUCUGAAAAUCAGCAUGAGGAAAAAAACUCUACAUA